UCUGAAAUGUUGAUGACAUGUGUGUCGCGUCUAGUUCGUAAUCCAGAGCAGUACUGUUGGAUAAGGACAUCCAGACUGCUCGAUGUGACAGGACUGGUGACAGGCAUCGAAUCGCUAUCGCUAUCAUGUUUUUUGUCAAAAUGGUUGCGGGUGUGAAGUUAAAAAUUACAAGCUCUCCACAAUGUGUCGUUUAUUUGUUAGUGUUUUUGCCUUUGUUAAUUUCUGCAGCGUCGCACGGGUGCAGUUAUAUUCCACCAAAUCCGGAAGACGUAUUGAAUCCGGUUCACCUGGAGCAGGCGCAUAUUGUAAGAAAACGAAGCAUUAGCCAACCGUUGCGAAUAAGGGUUAUUUAUGAUGCCAGUGUUUAUGGGUUACCAGAGGAGAAGUUUGUGAUAAUUAAUGACACAAUACUUCCUUCUGCUCUUGCUUACUGGGAGAGGACACUUAAUGUUAGGCCAACAAAAGUCCCAAUCCGACUAAACAGGAAGUGCAAGAAUAACCAAGCCUUCUCGAGAGACCACGAACCACACUUGUACUGCAAUGAAUACUGUGAGAAGGUUACAAGCUGUGGGGAGGUUGUGGUUCCUGAAGAACACCUAGAACCAUGCCGGACAUGUGACCGUACAGGACGUUUGUGUCGAACUGUAAAGGGCACAAUGGGCCCUGGUAUUGCCAAUGCAGACUUUGUAUUUUACAUCUCUGCGAUGCAGACACAUCGAUGCUUUAAGGGACAGACUGUAGCUUAUGCAGCUCAUUGCCAACAAGAAGCAGCCACUGAUAGGCCAGUUGCUGGACAUGCCAAUUUAUGCCCAGAUUCUAUUUCUACUAAGCCUCAGGAUAUGGACACACUCUUGUCAACUGUUAAACAUGAAAUAUUACAUGCUUUGGGUUUCUCUGUGAGCCUGUAUGCAUACUUCAGGGACAGUAAUGGUUAUCCCCUCACUCCCAGAGAAAGGAGCGGAAAGCCAUCUGUAAACAAGGAGUUGCAGACACACAAGUGGAGCGAUCGAGUUAUGCGCAGAAUAGUGCGGCAUAACUGGAAGAUUCGUGGCCGCACAGUACCCAAGACCUCCUGGAUGAUGGUGACUCCGCGUGUUGUGGAGGAAGUCCGUCGUCAUUUUAACUGUUCGUACUUGGAAGGUGCCGAGAUGGAAGAUCAGGGUGAAGAUGGCACAAAGUUGACUCACUGGGAAAAAAGGCUUUUCGAGAAUGAAGCAAUGACAGGAACACACACACAGAACCCUGUGUACUCACGGAUUACAUUGGCACUCAUGGAGGACACAGGGUGGUACAUUCCAAACUAUGAACAAGCUCAGUUGCUGGAGUGGGGGCAUAACCUAGGAUGUGACUUUGCAACGAAGAGCUGCAAGGAAUGGAUAGACAACAGACGAGCUAGGGGACAGAGCAUCCAUCCAUACUGUGACAAAGUGAAAAAGGAUCCCCUGGAAACUGAAUGCACAGACAGCAGAGAUUCUGUGGCUCUUUGUAACCUAAUGAAGCAUGAAGAACAAAUUGAUGAUAUGUUUCUGAACUUUGAUUACAUCCCUGGUGUACCUUCUGCCAACUUGAGCUGGUACGGAGGAUCUGUUGUCCUUGCUGACUACUGUCCCUAUAUCCAGUCCUUUUCAAGCGAUCUCAUUCAAGCCCAAUACAAGCCAGCCUCCAACGCCAGUCUUAUCGCAAAAGCAGCCAAGUCACAACUUCACAACAGCCACAAUCAUCAGCCACAGGAAUCAACGGUUCAAGAUGGACGCCCCUCACAUUUCUUCGAGAAACAUGGUUCAUCUCCCUCUCCUGGCCUCCCAAGACCCUUCUCACCCACUGAGUAAGCGUAACAUUGCAUAACCAGGUGCAACCAAAGCCCAUUCGUCGCCCGUGCGUGCGCCUCCACAGCCUUACUUAAGUCGCCGUUCCCUGGACUCUCACCUUCCCCUCAGCACAAUGGCAUCUCUCAAGAAUUGAGAUGCUGUAUCCGGUGUCGCUCAGCUUGCCGACCUCUCGGACGAAGCAAUAAAACAAGAAAUUCGUCGUCGCGACCUCUCACAACAUGAUCGUCGAACUGCACUGAUGCAUCGACUUUUCCAUCACUUUCAAGAACAAUGAGAUAUUUGGUGUUCAAUUUCAGCAACAACCCAGUCUAGAGAGGAAACACAGUCUUCACUACUUCAGCCUACGGGAACUCUACAGCCAUAGCACAUCACAGUGCACAUCAGGAACAGGUUGUUCCACCGCACACACCUUCAGUAUCUUCACAGUCAUCUUCAGUUCGUUCCGUAGCAAGCACGUCGCUUCAGGUAACGAAAACAGACUUGUCACAGUCCAUUCACGUCUUCGAAGACAAUCGCCGAAACUCAUCCAAACAAUGGUUGAAGGAACUCGAGCGUACACGUCACUCAGCACAAUGGUCUGAUGAAGCCCUAACCUGAUGAAGCUGUAAGUAAGCUUCGCGGAACUGGUCGUAACUGAAAAGACGCCCGUGGGGAAAGACAUGAUGAUUGGUCAUCUUGGAAGACAGCUUUCCAGACACAAUUCAAGGAUGACUGGACUCUCAUAGAAUGGCACGCUAAAUUAGCCGACUGCACCGAACCUCCACGUCAAUCACUCGACAGUUACACCUUCGCAAAGCUCAAGCUCCUCGGUGAUGUCCGGUGUCUGCGACCCAAAAGCAGCAAAUUGAGUAUCUCCUCCAAGGACUUCAUGACCACAAUAUCAUGGCAGCUAUUGUGGCGAAGUGCCCAAAAAACUGUUAUAGUGGCUUCAUUGAUAUGGCCACAGACCUUGACAACAGCUUCUUAGGAACCCGACGUUGUUUAUCGACCUGCAGCCCACAGACAAACUGAAAAUCGUGCAUCUCAGCUACAGUUGACUCCAACUGGACAACAGCACCAAGUUGAUAGUAGUUCUACAGUUGCCACUGCUUCCCUUCAGUGUAACACAGGAUCUCAGUUCAAGCCUACUCGCAACACUAGUUCCAACAAUGCUUCCAACCAUCGUCAGCGUAUAUCUGACCUACCUACAGCUGAACAGGAACGGAAGUAGAGACAGAUAUCCAAACAGCACAGAGCCCCAGCAUUUUGCAGCGGCCAGGAUAUCUCGCAAGCUACCUGUUACAGAUGUAAACGACUUGGACACUUGGCAUCCAAGUGCCCUUGCUCGCCAGCCAGCCUUACUCUUUCAUACCUGCCAGCUCUCCUGGAUUAUCCGGGAGACUCCCAAAUUUAAUUCAGUCUUCCGAUUGUACGGAUGCACCCUCCAAUCUCCCAGAAAAUUGGGGACUUUGGCUUUUCUUCUCUCAUUUUCCUUUAAAAGUUGCGCAAACUUAUUCCUGAAGAAUUAGAUAGCCUGUAACACAUGUUUCGCAGCAUGACCAUCCAUGGCUGGAGAUCGCUGCAGAUCGUGUACAUGUUUGUUGAUCGUGCAUUGUGUCCAUGAUUCUUGAGGAGACGUGCUGUCGUCAGUCCAACCUCGUACGAUAGUUUCGUCUCCUCCGAUGGCACACUCCAAACAAAAGGAAUACUUCCUCAUGCGUGCCACAUGCCUUUUCACUGGUUUUCUGGUUGAGCACAACCAGCCGCGGAGCGUAAGUGACUGCUGUCUGGAAGAUGUUCCCAAAAUGUGACGAAGCGAAGUGACGGACGAAGACCGCUGCCAUCAUCGGAGAAAUGGCUGCGCAGU